AUGCAGCACUCAACAUCGUCCACCCCGCAGUUCAUCGCACCGCCCGAGCAAGCGCCCUCAGACGCCACUAUGCGCAUCGACUCCUUCACACCCCCGAGGAUAACCGGCUUCACGACGCCGACCUCGUCUACAUUCUCGGAAGACAGCCUGCCAGAGUAUCCCGACACACCCGCAGACGAAGACGGCCACGACAACGACUCCACUAUGGAGGUCACCCCGACAGCCACAUACGCUGCGCCGACCUCUGUGCCUUCGAGACCAGAGUCGCGAUCGUCGACCUUGUCUGGCGUGUCCACCACCGCUGUCAAAGACGGCAUCGAGGGCCGUCGCGUGCACCAACCUCCUGACGCCUUUCUCUCGUCACUGAUGAGCGCUUACAACCAGCCACAAUCCCACCAUCGUCACCACCAGCAUCACCGCAAAACCCCCUCUGCAACGUCAGAGCCCGCGGUGGGUGACAGUCAACCUCCCCUCUCGCGCUCGUCGUCGUAUACUUCCUCCACGUCGUCAUAUACCACAGACAGCCUGGGUGCAGCUAGCUACGCCGCCACUGCCGUCACGCCGACCACCACUACCGCUACAGACGACUUUCCGGCCGCGCCCCCUGCUCCUGCUGGCCAGAUCGCCUCUGGCUAA